AAUCAAAACCGAGCCGCACGAGCACACACUCGCGUUUCCGGACAAGUCCCGUGCUCUCCCGUCUCAAAACCCUCCCCUCCUCCUCCGGGCGGCGGUGGUGGCGGCGGCCGGGCGUCUUCUCCGGCAAGGUCUCCCCCUACUCACGAGAAAAUAUGGAUGGACCUGUUGAUGACCCUGUGGAGAACAACCUCACCGGAGGUCCUAGUAUCCUUGGCAAUGAGGAAGAAGCCAAUACUUAUGCUGAUGUGCAAGUCAAGGAAGAACCAGAAAAGCUCUAUGACGAGGAAUCCAAGGACCUAAUGCAAGAUGAGUUGGGUAACCAAGAGCAUGCGAACAUGAACAAUGAAGAUGUGGGAGGUCAGAACAAAGAGGACCAAGCUACCCCCACAGACCACGGUGUGGAAGCUGGGGUGAAGCAGCAGGAUGCUACAGUUCCUGAUGACAAGAAGUGGCCUGGAUGGCCUGGAGAGAGUGUUUUCCGUAUACUGGUUCCUACCACAAAGGUUGGUGCCGUCAUUGGGCGCAAAGGGGAUUUCAUCAAGAAAAUGUGUGAGGAAUCAAGAGCUCGCAUCAAGGUUCUUGAGGGACCACCAGCUGUGCCAGAAAGAGUGGUAAUGAUUUCAGCAAAGGAUGAACUAGACACAGUGCUACCUCCAGCUGUUGAUGGGCUGCUUAGAGUUCAUAAAAGGAUAACAGAUGGUUUAGAUGGUGAAACUGAUCAGCCUCAACGAGCUACUGUCACCGCUGGGCCCACAAGGCUACUGGUCCCAGCUUCCCAAGCUGGCAGCCUGAUUGGGAAGCAAGGAGCAACUAUUAAAUCAAUACAGGAUGCUUCAAAGUGUGUUCUCCGGAUUGUUGAGAAUGUUCCACCUGUUGCAUUGAAUGAUGACAGAGUUGUAGAGAUACAGGGUGAACCUCUUGAUGCUCACAAAGCCGUGGAGCUGAUUGCAAGUCAUUUAAGAAAAUUUCUUGUUGACCGUAGUGUCCUCCCUUUGUUUGAAACACAGAUGAAAGUGCACAGUGUGCACAGAGAGCAACCUAUGCCUCCUCCACAGGCAUGGGGUCCCCCUCCACCCUCACCCUGGGGUCAUCCACCACCAAACCUUCCUCCUCCUGGUGGCCCAGGUUAUGGUGGGAACCCACAGUACAUGCCUCCACCUCCACGGCCACAAGAGAGCUAUUAUCCUCCGCCUGAUGUGCCCCCUGUAGAAAAGCAACCACACUAUGGAAUUUCUUCAUAUGGACGCGAUGCACCUCCGAGUGUUCCCCCAGGGAAUCAAAACCAAGCACAUGGGUCUUCUCAGGUGACACACAGCAUGCAAGUUCCUCUUUCCUAUGCUGAUGCUGUGAUAGGAUCAGCCGGUGCCAGUAUCAGCUACAUCCGCAGGCAUAGUGGAGCAACUAUAAGUAUUCAAGAAGGUGCUCCUGGGGAGAUGACAGUGGAGAUAACAGGAAGUGCUUCACAAGUACAGACUGCUCAACAGCUAAUCAAGAACUUCAUGGCUGAAGCUUCCCCCCAGGGACCACCGGCUCCAGCUCCACCCGCUCAACCAGUGGACACAGGUUACAGCUCGUAUCCACCUUACGGUGGAGCAUCAUAUGGAUCUCCUCCUGGCGCCCCAGCUCCAGCUCCUCACAACGGCGGAAGCUAUGGCGCGUACCCACCGAGCUAUGGAUACUAAUCCGGAGCAGGAGCUGGAUUCAGACUUAGGGAAGGAGGGUUAUGUUAUGGGUUCGCUUGUCUGUUCAUCUUUUGAGAACUCAACCUCGUUAGGACUUCUGAACUUACUUUUGGUGUUGUAAGCUGCUUUCUUAUGCCACAUGCCAGUGCCGAUUCUUCUCUUGAUACUCUCUCUGCUCUAUGGUUGCUGAGUUUAUCUUUAACCCUGUAUUUUUAAUAUUCAAGAGAAAAACAAAAAAAAAUAUUAAGAACUCCAAUGUUAACUUUUCCCUA